UCAGACUACAACAACGAGAAGACGGAUACUAUGGAUAUUUUCUUUUUAGAAGGGGCCCGUGUCUGGCUACGGGACAAAGAGCAGCUGCUCCCCUCUACAGUCAGCUCCUGUGAUGAUUCAUCUUUGGUCCUUACCACUGACUAUGGCAAGGUAAUGUACCUCCAGAGGGCCCAGCUGAGCAGGGAGAUGGUGUACGCCAUGCACCCCAGCAGUGUCCAGGGAGUGGAGGACAUGUCCACCCUGACUGAGCUGCACGAAGCCGCCAUCAUGCAUAACCUCUACCUCCGCUACCAGAAGGACAGCAUCUAUACAAACAUUGGCUCCAUUCUAGCUGCUGUAAAUCCCUACAAGCAGAUCCAAGGCCUGUACGACAGUGCCUCCGUUGACUUGUACAGUAAACACCAGUUGGGGGAGCUGCCUCCUCACAUCUUCGCCAUAGCCAACGAGUGCUACCGCUGUCUGUGGAAGAGGCAUGACAGCCAGUGUGUCCUCAUCAGUGGCGAAAGUGGUGCAGGAAAGACCGAAAGCACCAAACUGCUCCUUAAGUUCCUCUCAGUGAUGAGUCAAUAUUCACUUGGGACUCCACCGUCAGAGAGCACCACACGAGUAGAGCAAGCACUGGUGCAGAGCAGUCCCAUCAUGGAGGCCUUUGGAAACGCAAAGACUGUGUAUAACAAUAACUCUAGUCGCUUUGGGAAGUUCAUCCAACUCAACUUCUCCCAGAAUGGAAACAUCCAGGGCGGUUGCAUCAUUGACUAUUUGCUGGAAAAGAACCGAGUAGUACGGCAGAAUCCUGGGGAGAGAAACUACCACAUCUUCUAUGCUCUCUUAGCUGGGGCUGACAGAGACCACAGAGAUAUGUACCUCCUUUCUGAUGGUGCUGAGGCCUAUCAUUACUUGAGUCAGUCAGGCUGUGUGCAGGACAGCAGUCUGGAUGACAAACAACUCUUUGACAGUGUUAUGGAAGCCCUCAAAGUGAUGGAGUUUACAGAGGAAGAGAUCAGGGAUGUGUUCAAGUUGCUUUCUGCUGUUCUUCAAAUGGGAAAUAUAGAGUUUAUGACCGCUGGAGGUGCUCAGAUCACAACCAAUGCAGUGGUGAACAAUGUGAGUGAGCUGCUUGGCUUGGACUCCUUCCAGCUGUCGGAGGUGUUGACCCAGCGCUCCAUGAUUCUCAGAGGAGAGGAGAUCUGCUCACCACUCACUGUAGAGCAGGCUGUAGACUCCCGGGAUUCGGUUGCCAUGGCACUUUAUUCUCAGUGUUUCUCCUGGAUCAUAAUGCGGAUCAACCAAAAGAUAAAAGGAAAAGAAAACUUCAAGUCCAUUGGCAUCCUGGAUAUUUUUGGGUUUGAGAAUUUUGAGGUUAACAGGUUUGAACAGUUUAAUAUCAACUACGCCAAUGAGAAACUUCAGGAGUAUUUCAAUAAGCACAUUUUCUCCCUGGAGCAGCUGGAGUACAACAGGGAGGGCAUUCAGUGGGAGGCCAUAGACUGGAUGGACAAUGCAGAGUGUCUGGAUCUCAUCGAGAAGAAACUGGGCAUGUUGGCACUUAUUAAUGAGGAGAGCCGCUUCCCCAAAGGCACUGACUACACCCUUCUGGAGAAACUACACAGCCGACACGCAGCAAACCAUUACUAUGUGAAACCUCGUGUGACCGACCACCAGUUUGGCAUAAAGCACUACGCUGGAGAGGUGCUUUAUGAUGUGCGAGGGAUACUGGAGAAGAACAGAGACACUUUCCGGGAUGACAUCUUGUUUAUUCUUAAAGACAGCCGACUCGACUUCAUCUAUGACCUUUUUGAGCGUGUGGGGAGCAGAAACGGUGACGAAACUCUGAAGAUGGGAACAGCGCGGCGCAAGCCCACCGUCAGCUCCCAGUUCAGGGAUUCCCUCCAUUCACUGAUGGCUACACUAAGUGCUUCCAAUCCCUUCUUUGUGCGCUGCAUCAAACCUAACAUGGACAAGAAACCCAAUCAGUUUGACCCAGACGUGGUGCUAAACCAGCUGAGGUACUCUGGGAUGCUGGAGACGGUGAAGAUACGGAGGGCUGGGUUCCCUGUGAGGAGGACUUUUACGGACUUCAGCAGCCGGUACAAGAUGAUUCUGAAGAAUAAAGCCGUCCCCAGUGAUGAGAGGCAGUGCUGUUUAGAGAUUCUCAGCCUGCAUGAUCCAACCAAGAAGGAGUUUCAGCUUGGGAAGUCUAAGGUUUUUCUGAAAGAGGUCCUGGAGCAGACAUUGGAGAAGGAGAGGGAGGAGGUGCGGCGCGGGGCUGGUAUGGUGAUCCGUGCCCACAUCCUCAGCUAUGUGGCAAGGAAACAUUAUAACAAGGUCCGGUCCAGCGUCGUCACCAUCCAGAAGAACUACCGUGCCCACUUUUGGAGACGCCUCUUCCUGCGCAUUCGAACUGCCGCCAUUAUCCUCCAGAAGCACCACAGGGGUCAAAGGGCACGCUCGCUCUACCAACAGCUCAGGGAGGAGAAGAGGAGGAGAGAGGAAGAAGAGCGGAGGAGACGGGAGGAGGAGGAGGAGGAGAGAAGAAGGAUGGAGAAGGAGAGGCAGAGGAGAGAAGAGGAGGAGAGGAGGAUAAGGGAGGAGGAGGAGAAACAGAGGGAGAAAGAGGAGGAGGAGAAGAGGCAGGAGGAACUAAGACUGAUGGAGGAGGAAGAGAAAACAGACGAGAGGAACUCAGUGAUGGUGAACGGUGCCUGCGAAAAGAAGGGGCUGUCCCAGACCCUGUCCCACUGCGACACCACAGAAGAGGAGAGCAGACAGAUGGAAGAGAUCCUACGACUGGAACGCGAGAUCGAACGUCUCCAGAAACAACAAGAAGACGGCGUGUCCCUGGUUGGUGACAUGUCCCACGAGGAACUCCGGCAAAUCAGGGACGCAGAGAUCUACCGCCUGGAGAAAGAAGCAUCACGAGUGGCCACAGAAUUCCUGGACUUGUUAGACUUUGGAGGUUUGGAGCCCUCUUUGUCCAGCGAAGAAAACCUUCACGACCCGACGGAAUCCACCGCUCCUCUGGCCGAAGAAGAGGUGGAUGAGGGGUUCCACGCUGAAGAUGAGUGCGUAGCGUUGCCAGAUUUUCCUUCACCAGUGUCAGUUCCUCUGGACAAGGAAGUGUUCCAGAGUAUCCCGCCUCCUCCUCCAGAUUUUGCAGAAGGACCGCUAGCUACUCCCUCCUCCGCACAGGACAAGCCAGUCACUUCUAACGGUCUUAGUCACGUUCCUAAACUUUCCACUACCCACGCUCCAGCUCCUCUUCCUGCGCUGACUAACGGACAUAGGGAAGAGAGGGACAGCCGGGGGUCAAAGCUGAAUGAGCCGGUGAAUGGUCAAGUUUCCCAGAGCACCCUUCCUGACCCGGAGUCGGACUACGAUCAGGAAGAGUUUGAAGAGGCUCAUGGGAGUUCUGGAGCGAGCAUUAAUGAUGGACAUAUCACAGACGAGGAGGUGCUGAGGAAGUCCUCCGGGACCCAAAACAGUCUGGACUCGUUCAGGGGCAGCUCUGACUCGUUCAUCGACAGUGAUGAUGAGAAUGAUGCCUAUGUGGACACAGAUGAAGAGGUUUCCAAUGGCAGAGUCAACCUCCUGAACGGAUCUGGGCCUCCGUACUUCCACGGCUACCUCUACAUGAAGAGCGGUCUGAUGAUUCCCUGGCGUCGCCGCUGGUGCGUGCUAAAAGACGACACCUUCAUGUGGUUCCGGGCCAAACAGGACUCUCUCAAAUCGGGAUGGCUCUACAAGAAGGGAGGGGGCAUGUCCACCCUGUCCCGACGAAACUGGAAAAUGCGCUGGUUCGUCCUCCGCGAGAACAAGCUCAUGUACUUCGAGAAUGACAGCGAGGAGAAGCAGAAAGGGACCAUCGACAUCCGAGCCGCCAAGGAAAUUGUGGACAAUCACGAGAAGGAAAAUGCACUGAAUAUUGUGACAGAGGAGAGGACGUACCACAUCUAUGCAGAGUCUCCAGAAGAUGCAAGCGGUUGGUUCAAUGUGCUGAGUCGUGUGCACAGCGCCAGCCCAGACCAGCUCCUAGAGAUGCAUCACGAACAAGCCAAUCCAAAGAACGCAGUGGGCACCUUAGACGUGGGCUUGAUUGACUCGGUCUGUGCGUCUGACAACCCUGACAGACCCAAUUCCUUCGUGAUCAUCACUGCAAACCGUGUCAUCCACUGCAACACGGACACGCCAGAGGAGAUGCACCACUGGAUCGGCCUGCUGCAGAAGUCCAAGGGAGAUGCCAAGAGCGAUGGCCAGGAGUUUCUGGUCAGAGGCUGGCUUCACAAAGAGAUGAAGUCCGGAGCCAAAAGCACCUCCCUGAAGUUGAAGAAGCGCUGGUUCGUCCUCACCACAAACUCAUUGGAUUAUUACAAGUCCUCAGAGCGUAAUGCCACCAAACUGGGCACUCUGGUCCUCAACAGCCUCUGCUCUGUGGUGCAGCCAGACGAGAAGGUCUUCAAAGACACAGGUUACUGGAAUAUCAUUGUCCAUGGACGAAAGCACUCUUAUCGCCUUUACACCAAAAUGCUAAAUGAAGCCAUGCGAUGGGCUAAUGCCAUCCAGGGAGCCAUAGACAGCAAGGUUCCCAUAGAAACGCCAACCCAACAACUCAUCAGGGAUAUCAAGGAGAGUAGCUUGAAUGUAGAGGCUGUGGAGCAGACCUACUGGAGGAAUCCCAUCCUCAGAUAUACCCAGCAUCCUUUGCACUCACCUCUUCUACCUCUGCCAUACGGAGAUGUCAGCGUCCACUUGCAAAAGGAAAAGGGCUACACCAGCCUGCAAGACGAAGCUGUCAAGAUCUUCAACUCUCUUCAGGAGAUGGAGGCGGUGUCCGACCCGGUGCCCAUCAUCCAGGGCAUCCUGCAGACCUGCCAGGACCUGCGAGCGCUACGGGACGAGGUCUACUGUCAGCUGAUCAAACAGACCAAUCACGUGCCUCAUCCCAACAGCCCGGCCAAUCGCGCGCACUGGCACCUCCUCACCUGCAUGAGCUGCACCUUCCUGCCCAGCCGUGGCAUCCUGCGCUACCUCAGGUUCCACCUCAAAAGGAUUAAGGAGCUCUUCCCUGGUACAGAGAUCGAACAGUAUGCCCACUUCAUCAGCGAAUCCCUGAAGAGGACCAAAUCUCGAGAGUUUGUGCCCUCCCAAGAAGAAAUCAUCGCCCUGCUGACCAGACAGGAAAUGACCACUACGGUUUACUGUCACGGGGGAGGCUCCUGCAAGAUCUCCAUCAACUCCCACACCACCGCUGGAGAGGUGGUGGAAAAGCUAAUUCGUGGGUUAGCUAUGGAAGACAGCCGGAACAUGUUUGCGUUAUUUGAACACAACAACUCCAUUGACAAAGCGGUGGAGAGCAGAGUACUUGUAGCAGAUGUUUUGGCAAAAUUUGAGAGACUGGCGGUCAGUGAGGAAGAGAAUGACGGCCAAUGGAAACUGUACUUUAAGCUCUACUGCUUCCUGGAUGUGGAGAGUAUGCCCAAAGAAGGAGUGGAGUUUGCGUUCAUGUUUGAGCAGGCUCACGAGAGUCUAACCCGCGGUCACUUCCCUGCCCGUGAGGAGACCCUGCACCACCUGGCCGCCCUACGUCUGCAGUUCCUUUACGGAGACAAGGGCAAAGCCUCCUGGAGCCUGGACAGCGUGUACCCCGUGGGCCGCCUCCGGAACCGCAUCGUACAGUUCACCAAAGGCGGAGGGAGCUCAGGCACGGGACAGACCCUGGAGAGGAGGAGGACCAGCUUCUUGGACGGGACGCUGCGGAGGGGGCUGAAGACGGGCUCCAUGAAGAAGCAGAAGCUGGAGGAGGAGCAGAUGUUGGAGAUGUGGAUCAAAGAGGAGAUGUCAUCCACGCGGGCCAGUAUCACAGACAAGUGGGCCAGGCUGAGCGGGCUGGACCAGCACCAGGCCAUGCUCAAAUACAUGACUGUGAUCAAGGAGUGGACCGGGUACGGGUCCACGCUGUUCGAUGUGGAGUGUAAAGAGGGGGGCUUCCCACACGAUCUGUGGCUGAGUGUGAGCGCAGAGAACGUGUCCGUGUACAAAAGAGGAGAGCCCAAACCUCUGGAGACGUUUCCUUACGAACACAUCAUCUUCUUUGGAGCGCCACAGCCCUGCACCUACAAGAUCACUGUGGACGAAAGGGAGAUGUACUUCGAAACUCCUCAGGUCGGGGAGAUCACAAAGAUCAUGAAAGCUUACAUAAACAUGAUUGUGAAAAAGCGCUGCAGCGUCAAAUCCGUCUCCAGUUACGGCACCAACUGGAUCAGGUGAUGGACAGGUUGUCAAGGCUCGACGUAGCAUCAGUAUCAGACGACUGCCCUCUAGAGACGAGCGGGCAGAAGACACAGAGAAACAACACGAUAAUACAUACCUUUGGACAAGAGCUUAGACUAAAUUAUAACACGGAAUAUUCUAUACUGCUAAUGUGAAAGCAAGAAUGUCCUAUCUGAAUUAUUGUAUGUUUUUUCUGUGUUCAUACCUUGUACUGGUUACACUGGCUCUCAACAAGAUAUUACUCCUUUAGAUACAUUGACAAUAGAAACUCAAGUCAUAUAUGAAGCAAAAAACACCUCUUAACGUCUUCCUGGAAAUACUAUAAUUUGUGUAUAGUGUUUUUGAGCCCACAAAUCAAAAUUCACAACUCUUUGAUAUAAUUCCUCACUCAGGUAAUAUAAUGUAUGCGAUGAAAACAAGUUUGCCUUAGUGUUUUUGGGAGUUUCGGGGCUGAUGUUGCCUUUAUAGACUGUUGCCUUUUGGAACAGUAUGAACAAAUGUGUCAUGAAAGUGUCCAACAUGAAACUGGAACAACUGCGGAAAUGUCCUUUUAUUUCAGAACGUUUUUGUAAAGGCGUGUCGCUUGAACGGGAUUUAAAACGGGCGGUUUCUUGCUGUUUUGGGCCAUAGAGGGUGGGGUAUUUAUUAGUGUGCUAAAAUGUAAAAUUUAACUUUGCUAGUCUGUUAUUCUAUGAUUUUAUAUUUCAGGGUUACAAUAAUUUGACAUUUGGAGCUAGUGGUUCAUGAUAUAUGCUUCCGUACUAAAGGAUUGGCAGUUGUUGUCUGUUAACGUCAACGAUUCUCCUUAUGACUGAUUUCUGUAGUUACUGUGUCCAGUGUUUUGCUAAUCACAUAAAUACAAUGGUCCGUGAUGACAACUGACCCACAAACAUUUGAACCCCGGGAUUCACCUGGCUCAUCUCCGCUCUGAGGCAUUCUGGUCAGCUGCCGGCGGCCACACCAGAGACUGAUCAUGCCCACACAGAAAAGACUGUUUACGACUGUUUUGAAGGAAGGAAACAUGGAACAUAGAACAUGUUUUAUAUCAGAAUUUAAAGAUGCUUUAAUAAAUUAUUGUAUUUAA